GUGGGCAGCUUUAAAGAAUAAAGCGAAAUGAACCAAACCAUACACAAAGUUUCACCAAUCUCUUUGACCAUGUCAGAGCUGAAAACAUUUCUCAGCUCAAGUGGUUAUAUCUUUGAGAUCUUUGUUAGUUUACUAGCAUUGCAUUUGAUCUACCAAAGAGUUAGGAUAAGAGUCAAAGUCUACUUACUUGACUUCACUUGUUACCGAGCCCCAGACUCAAACCGCCUCCCAAUGUCUACUCUUCUCGAGACCAUCUACUUAGCUAACCAGAUCGAUCAAGAGAGUAUAGAUUUCCAAGCCCGGGUUCUUGAGAGGUCCUGGCUAAGCAACCAAACCAGCAUCCCUCCAUCUCUGACCGAAAUACCCCUCAAGAAAAGUCUAACCUCUGUCCAAACCGAAACCAUGACCACUCUCUUCACCUCUGUUGAGAAUCUCCUCAAGAAAAACAAACUAAGCCCAAGAAGCAUAGACAUACUGAUAACAAACUGUAGCCUGCAUGCACCUACGCCGUCUCUUAGUGCAAUGGUAAUCAACAAGUUCCACAUGAGAAGCAACAUCAAGAGCUUUAGCCUGUCAGGGAUGGGCUGUGCAGCUGGGAUUCUAUCGGUCUCUUUAGCCAACGACUUGCUUAAGGUUCACCGAGGCUCCUUGGCUCUUAUAGUCAGCACUGAAGCGUUGAACACGCAUUGGUACAUCGGUAAAGACAGAUCUAUGCUUCUUACGAACUGUCUCUUUAGAAUGGGAGCAGCUGCAGUGUUGAUGUCUAGCAAUGAUCAAGACAGAGGAAACGCGAAGUAUGAGCUCUUGCAUGUUGUCAGGACAAACAAAGCGAAAGAUGACCGAGCUUACAGAUGUAUAUACCAAGACAUAGACUCUAAGUUAAAGCAAGGAGUGUCGAUAACCAAAGAUGUAAUCAGCGUGGCUGGAGAUGUGUUGAAGAUGAACCUAACUUCGCUAGGCCCUUUGGUGUUACCUUACGUGGAGCUAUUGCGAUAUGUGAUGCAACGCGUUCUUCGCAAGAUCUAUAAGCCGAGUUCUUCUUAUACACCGAACUUCAAGAAAGCGUUUGAGCAUUUCUGUAUUCAUACAGGAGGAAGAGCUGUGAUUCAAGCGAUGGAGAUGAAUCUGAACUUGACGAAAGAAGACAUUGAGCCGUCGAAGAUGACUCUUCAUAGGUUUGGGAAUACUUCUUCUUCGUCCGUUUGGUACGCACUCUCUUACCUUGAAGCAAAACGGAGGGUGAGAAAAGGAGAUAAGGUGUUGCAGAUUGCUUUUGGAAGUGGGUUUAAGUGUAACAGUGCGGUGUGGAGAUGCAUCAGAGAAGUGGAGCCUGACACAGACAACACGUGGUUAGACUUCAUUGAAUCGUAUCCAGUAGAUGUACCUGACUCUGUAAGUAUCAGACCACACUAGCACGUGCAAGUAACGUAACUUUGAAGAAUAUAAGUCAGUAAGGCUCUGAUUAAUUAGUUCAGUUCGUUCAAAGGUUUUGGAUUUUGCUGUUUUGUUCUCAUUUUCACCCAGCUCUGUAUCAAUUUUUUUUGUUUAAGUAGUAUAAUUUAUAAAUUUAAUAACUCUAUCUAUAUGUCUAACUUUUCAUUUGUAAAUUACGUUAAAUUUAAAUGUAUACUUAAUAAACUAAAGUUGUAAACCCUAAUCUAUAC